AUGUCGACGCCGUCACCAGUACCCUUGCCAGCUCGCCGUUCCGCUCGGAUCGACUACACUUCCAACGGCCGCAACUACCUGUGCUCCGUCACAGGAUGGCCGCGCGAGAAGCUCGACGAGUGGCUGACAUCAAACAGUGUUCGCAGCCAUCUUCAAAUUUGGUAUUGCCUCUGCGUCUCUAGCAAGCGUAGAUUCAACGACGCAAUUGAGUGGAUCAACACUCGCGCCUUCUACGAAGAGGGUGACCUCGAGGAAGAUCUGCUGUUGAUGUGUCUGCAAGAGGGCAACAUGAACGACGCCGACGGUAACGCAGUCGUUCCAAUCAGUGCCUAUGCCGACAACACUGUGGCCACUUCCAAGUGGAUCACCCAAGAAGUCUGGGCCCGAGCGGCUUGGAGAGUUGUUCAGGAUAACGCUGGUCCUGGUGAGGCAUUCGAAAAGGCGAUUCAGGAACAUCCAGCGGCUGCGUACGCGCUCGCAAUCGACAUCCUGUGUCUCGCUUUCCAUUCCAUUGCGUACCGUGAGGCGGACUCGGUGUGGGAGGGAAUCAUCACCAACGGAGCGAACAUGGACGCAACUCCACCGAGUCCUGAGGUCCAGAACGAUUUCGAUGUCGACUGCGAGAGCGACGUGGACAUGGAUGUUGAUGUUGAUCUCGAGGGCAACAUUUCCAGCAAUGAGGGCAUGACCGACGACAACGGCUCAGACGACGAUGCAGACUUCAUAGAGGUGGCGGAGCCAGUCACUCCGAAGUCCAAGCGACCUACUCGCAAGAGUACCACUCCCAAGGCGCCGAAGAAGGAGGAUGCUGAGAUUGGUGAGAACAUCGUCGUCGGGGUGAAGGGUUGGAUGAAUGACCUGUCGGAGGAAGAUGAGAUGCAGACUUGA